AUGUACUCACCCCCAUCCUCCCAGACAAAGAAAGAAUGUCCUGGUGCGCACCGGCGCAAUCAUCGAGAGUGGCGCCCAUUUUCUGCGCUCGGAAAAGAAGGACUGCUAAUGAUUGAUGGCAUGUUUUAUUGCAACUGCAAGGACCGCAGCAAGUUGAGCGUGAAGCAAGUCACGGGCAAUAAGAACAAUAACCAAGGCAGAUGGUACUACGGCUGCCCAAACUGGGAUCCGAUCUCGCGAGGUGGUUGUGGCCUUUACUCCUUUGAGGAUGAGUUGGAGACAAAGCACAGGGCGUACGAGAGGGAGUUCAAGUAUGAGCCUUGCGAGACAAGCUGGUGGAUUGACCCUACAAGGCUACCUUUGGAGGGAGAGGCCUCGUCAAACCAUCUACAUGGUAUUCGGCAGGGACAGUGGGAUAAUUACGACGACUUGAGAUCGAGGAGUCAGCAAGGCCGAGAAAACGGGGAGGAGGACGAUGAGGACGAUGAGGAAGACGAGAUGCACACUGCCCUUGAGAACAGCCCUGCGCCAGCAUUUAUCUUCCAAGCACCCCACCAAUGGAGUGGUUCCCGCUCGAAGUACCAGCAGAUGUAUCUGAUACCGGUGCCAAAUGACGGCGUGUCAGUCAGCUCUGGGACAAGUACAGUACUGAAAGGCUUGGAAAGCUUUGAGCUUUCCUCUCAACGGUCUUUUCGGGACACUGCAAGCAGUGUCUGCUCUACCCCGAGCCGCAAAAGGAAGCUCGGCCUUGGCCUUGGGAACAUGCCGACGCCGACAAGCGGAUCAGCGAGGACGCCCAGAAAUAGUCUUCUUAUUACCAGAGAAUCGAGGACGGGAAGCUCCUCCAAGCGCCAAAGAAGGGUAGAGAGCGAUGAGCUUCCGCCUACUCCAACCACCAGCCGAACAGUCAACGAAACAGUCAACGGGCUGUAUACGCCUCGGGUACCAUAUAUCGAGGAGGAAGAUGAAGACAUGUACGAGGAGGGCCAGGCGGCUGCUCCGGUUAAUAGGCGUCUCUUCACCUCACCCAGCCAGCAGUCCUCUUUGGACCCGGCGUCAAUCAAGCAGGUGGUGGAGGCAGUCAUCAUGACAUUGGAUGAAAGAGACCGGAUAAGAAGUAGCCAAGCAAGCGCCGUUGAGGAUGUCUGA